AUGCACAAUGGCAACAUUGCCUUCUUCACAACGACGAACGGAACACCGGUAGAUAUAGAUGCAAAAGAACUCGCUGACAAUAACAAGCUACCCACCAUUACCGACGCAAUUCUCGGUAGAGUGAAAAUUACUAAAAUGCAUGAAAUAGUAAUACCUAAGGAGAUUGAACGAAUAGGCAUUAUAUAUGAAAGCCACUCGACACCGUUAGGCGGACACAAAGGUGUUUCUAAAACUUUUCUAAGAAUUAGACAAGUAUUAUUGGCCGAACCUGAAACGAGACAUACAAAAUUUUAUACAACAAUGUCCACUAUCGACCACAAAAUCCGGGAAAAGCUAUAUUCUAACAAUUCAAGACUUCUUACAAAAUAUUCGAUGGCAAUACCUCUUCGACAAGCUUCUUCGGAAGAAAUAGCAGAUACGUUUAUAAAAAACGUAAUAUGCCGAUUUGGCUCUCCAAAAGACAUCUUAAGUGAUCAAGGUUCUAAUUUUAACCAAACAAGUGCGUAUCAUCCACAGUCGAACGGUUCGAUCAAACGAUCGCAUCUCGUUCUUAUCGAAUUCCUAAAACAUUUCAUUACCGAUAAUAGUGAAUGGGACGAAUGGAUUGAAAUAGCUAUGUUUUCAUACAACACUAGUGUACACGAAGGAACACUAUACACAUCGCAUGAGUUAGUAUUAGAUCAACUAGCACGAACACCUAAUGAAUCUAUAUAUAACGAUCUACAAAACGAAACUUAUGCACAUUACUUAGGAACUUUAAAUGAACAAAUAAAUAAAUCUCAAGAAGCUGCAAAACAAAACUUUAUUAAUGCUAAAAACAGAUCGAAAAAGUAUUAUGAUAAAAAGCAGAGAGUCGUAGAUUUCAAGGUAGGAAACAAAGUACAUUUCCAGAAAGGGUCACAAAAGGAUAAAUUCGACGACAAAUACAUAGGAUCGUUCAAGAUAGUAGAAAUAUUAAGCAAGCAUAAUAUAAAUAUACGUACUGAUAUUGGCGACCGCGUGGUACACGCCAAUAGACUUAAAGUCGAUAAAUCGAAAUAG